AUGGUUUCAAGCUUGGAAUCUGUCUUCGGCCUCGACUGUUUGGCUGAAAGUCUCGACGACAUGAGCAGGUCAAGCCUCCUCAACCUCAACAGCCUUGGCAGGAUCUGCGGCUCCAGCCAGAGCAGUGAAAUGAUCGUUCUGGACCGGGUGAAGAGGAAGAACUCUGUGAGGCGCAUGUCAAUCAUAGAGGAUGGACAGCUUGCAGAGGUUCUCUACCUCAUCCCAAAGCGGUACAUGAUGGAGCAGCUGCCCUUCAUCAACCCAAACGACUACAUCCUUUGUGAAAAGUUGGCUGGCAUUCCUGCAGAGGUGUCAGUGCUACAAACUCAGGACGGCUGCCAGCCUGGUCCAGCAGCAGGGAGGCAGAGCAUCCAGUGCUUCAGGUGUGGGGGGGCAUGCAAAGGGGAGGUGCUGCGGGUGCAGAGCAGCUACUUCCAUGUAAAGUGUUUCACUUGCAAAGUGUGCGGCUGUGACUUGGCUCACAGUGGUUUCUUCACGAGGAGCGGGGACUGCCUGUGCCCGGUGGACUUCCAGCGUCUUCACGGCACGCCUUGCAACAACUGCGGCGACUUUGUCGAGGGGGAGGUGGUCACAGUCCUGGGAAAGUCCUACCACCCAGCUUGCUUUGUGUGCACCGUUUGCAAGCGGCCUUUCCCUGCGGGGGAUUGUGUGACUUUCAGGGGGAAAGACUGCCUCUGCCAGCGUUGUAAUGAACCCACAUCGCCCUCAAAUCAAAUCACUCAUCCCAGCAAUUGUGCCGGCUGUGGUCGAGACAUAAAGAACGGUCAGGCUCUGCUAGCUCUGGGGGGUCAGUGGCACAUCGGCUGCUUCAAAUGCAAAACCUGCAGGAGGGUCCUGAGCGGAGAAUACAUCAGCAAAGAUGGUUUUCCCUACUGUGAGAGAGACUUCCAGACUCAGUUUGGGGUGAAAUGUGAAGCAUGUCAAAAGUUCAUCACAGGAAAAGUUCUUGAGGCCGGACACAGACAUUACCACCCUAGUUGUGCAAGAUGCAACCGAUGUGACAAAGUGUUCACCGAAGGAGAAGAAAUGUAUCUGCAGGGAAUGACAAUUUGGCAUCCAAACUGCAGAGACAGCAUCAGAGCUGAGGACAGUUACAGGGUCAGCAGGUCAAAGACGCCCUGUCUUGAUUUCUAUUUCCCCCCACAUGAACUGAAGCCCAACAGAUCGUCAUCUGAAAGCUCCUGUUCCAGGCCGAGCUCGUGCACUCCGGGCAGUCCAGGUCGAACCCUCUGUGCAAAAGUAGACAACGAGAUCAUUGAUUAUCGAGACUUAGCAGCAAUUCCCAGAGUCAAGGCUAUAUUUGAUAUAGAGCAUCCCGACAUGAUGUCUUAUAAGUGUGUGAACAACAACUCGUCUGCUUUGGAUGGAAAAGGCAACAGACAGAACAGGCUGAGCCCCACAGAGCCAGCAGGAAACCUAUCUGAAACCAUCCAGGAGAGUUUCGAAACGGGAACGUGGAUGCCAAAAUCGACUACAAGUCAUGGAUUUUUUGGGGGUCAAACCCCGAGUUAUCGUCACAACUACGCUCCCACUCUGUCCAGAUCACCACAACACUUCCACCGACCAGGGUUGCUGCUUUCUCCCACUUUGCUCCUUGAAAACAAAAAUUACUCCUGCCCCACGCCUCCUUUCUGUCACCACUUUCUCUCUAAAAGCAAAGCAGAUGAAGGCUUUGAUUUAUACCGAAGGCCUCCGAUUUAUAAAAAGCAAGAUUCAAGUUCCUCCACAUCUCAAGCAACCUCUUUGCCAGAGUAUAGACACAGCUUCUUAAACUUGCCUCAGUCGGUUGAUUUCUGCAACACCACCAGUGAAAGAUUCAACUUCAAGCUCACCCAUGAAGAUCAGCUUCCACUAACACGAAUGGACAGAGGGGUUUCUAUGCCUAAUUUGGUGGAGACAAAAGUCUACCCUUAUGAAAUGCUCAAUGUUACAAACAGAGGACGAGUGAAACUCCCCAAGGAUGUUGACAGAGCACGGCUUGAGCGUCACCUGUCGCCCGGCUCUUUCUUCCAGAUCUUUGGGAUGGAUAUUCAAGAAUUCGACAAACUUCCACUUUGGAAACGUAACGACAUGAAAAAGAAAUCCGAUCUCUUCUGA